AUGAAGAGGAAGGUUCUCAUUGGCAAUAUUUUCGUUGUUGAGAAAAGUGACUCAAUAUGGCGGAGGGUCAUUCUUUUAUCUGAUAAUUAUGUUUUUUUGAUGAAUCAUAAUUUUAUAGGGGCUAUGGUGUGCAAUCUUGGGAAUGGCUUAGACGUUCCUUUUUGGUACAACUGUUGGGCCAGUAACCAGCUGCUGCUGGUGUUUACUGAGCUUUUCGCCAUUUUGCACGACGAUUCUACUUCGAUUGCAGCUGCUGGUCCGUACUCUGCUAAUGGUUGGGAAUGGGACGCAGUCGUGCUCUUCCAUGACAGCAACCUCGGUUCUAGUUUUCUGUGGCAAGAGCUCUGCGACUUUAUACAACAUGUGGUUCCAAGGGACAAUGAUAAGGACGGUUUGGUAUGGAGCAUCAAUUCGAAAGGAGUUUUUACCGUUAAGUCUUGCUACAAUAGGUUCAAAGCUAAGCUUUCUGGACCACCCCUCAAUCAAAUUAUUGUUAAAUCUUCUUCUCAUCUUUGGAAGGUAAAAGCUCCGUCUAAAACUCUUUUUUUUGGUUGGAGGAUUAUUCACAAUAGAUUAGCUACAAAGUACCAUUUGCAUAAGAGGGGCAUUUUGGAUAGCAGUUAUUUACUCUGUGUGUUUUGUUCGAUGGAUGAAGAAUGUUUAUCGCAUCUUUUAGGGGGUUGUGUUGUUGUGGUGGGUAUUUGGAAAAAGGUUUUUGAGUGGAUUGGUCCAAUUGAAGACAUAUCCUUGGAAGAGUUUGAGGGGUUCCCUUUUGUCUUUGAGAAGGUGAAGAUUUUAGCCAAAAGAUCAAUUGUCGCGGUCACUUGGUUAGUAACGGUGUGGUGUAUUUGGAUUAGGCAUAAUGCGAUCAUUUUUAAGAAUGAGUUGUUUAGCUUUACCGAAUGUACUUCAAAUCCAAACCUAUUACUACAUUUGCAACAUUUUUCAUCACAAGAUGUAUCAAAAACCGCAACUGCAACAGCAACCACGAACACAACUCUUGAUCAUAUAGUAUUUGGAAUUGCCUCAAGCAAUAGUUCAUGGACAAAGCGAAAAGACUAUGUCAAACUAUGGUGGAAAGCCAACAAUACAAUGAAGGGCUAUGUUUUCAUGGACAGUCUACCUAAGAAUAAUGAUGACCCUUCUUUUCCUCUUUUACGUGUCUCUCAAGAGACGUCCCGGUUUCAAUACACCUGCAGCGAUGGACAUCGAUCAGCAAUACGGCUCGCGCGCAUAGUUGUGGAGACGGUAGCCUUGAAUCAUACAGGUGUUAAGUGGUAUGUGUUUGGAGACGACGACACUGUUUUCAUCCCGGAGAAUUUGGUGAAAACUUUGUCUAAAUAUGAUCACGAGCUUUGGUAUUAUAUUGGCGCGAAUUCGGAGAUUUAUGAGCAGAACCGUUUGUUUGGUUUUGGAAUGGCUUUUGGUGGUGCUGGUUUUGCUAUUAGUUCCUCUCUGGCUAAAGUUUUUGUUAGGGUUUUUGAUUCUUGCAUGGAAAGGUAUCAUCAUCUCUAUGGAAGUGAUGGCAGGGUUUACUCUUGUUUAGCUGAACUUGGCGUUGGAUUGACACAUGAACCAGGUUUUCAUCAGGUUGAUUUAACUGGAAACAUGUUUGGCCUAUUAGCUGCACAUCCAGUGACUCCUUUAGUAUCACUCCAUCACAUUGAUUACACAGAUCCAAUCUUUCCAAACAUGACAAGAACACACGCUCUCCAACAUUUAUUCAAAGCAGUAAACGUUGAUUCUCAGAGAAUUCUGCAACAAACAAUUUGCUAUAACAAAAUGUUUUCAUGGACGGUUUCAGUAUCAUGGGGUUAUGCUGUUCAAAUAUUCACUGACCAUAUGCUUUUACCAGAAGCUGUCAAUGUGCAAGAAACAUUCAAACAAUGGAAAAACGGAGAUGUGUUGGCAAAAACUUAUAUGUUCAACACAAAACCAUUUGACUCUAAUCCUUGUGAAAGACCCACCAUUUUUUAUCUAGAUAGCAUUUCUUCGGGUAUAAACGGUAUCAUAACCAGUUAUUAUAAGAGAUUUGUAGAUGAUUGCCAGAAGGAACAACGGGGUUCGCUGAACAAACUAGAAGUUAUCAAAGUCGUCUCGAAUAAGCUAGACCUUAACAUCAAACAGGCUCCAAGAAGACAAUGUUGUGAUAUAUUGCCAUCCAGUGCUGGUGACAAACUGGAUAUUGCAGUUAGAGAAUGCAAAGAUGAUGAGUUGAUUUAUAUGCACUGA